AUGGCAAGACUGCCCACUAGGCUCAUUCUGCGGUCUCUGGUCCUGACAUCGCUCAUGUCAUCCAAAUUAUUCCUCAGGCCGUCCCUUGCUGCACUGGAUAUCAUCACCAACUCAAAGUCUGCCAUCCUCAACCCCGACCGCAAUAGGGUCCUUAAUAGGAUUCUUCGCUGGACUGUAUACGACCAGUUUUGCGCUGGAACAAACCGCCAGGAAGUCUCCAAGACCGUAGCGGACAUCAAGAAAAUCGGGUAUCAGGGAGUUAUUCUGGGCUAUGCAAAGGAGAUUAUCGUGGAUCCGAUUGAUGCCGUGGUCCGUGAUGGAUCUGGUUCGAAGGUAUAUAGCGACCGAUGCUAUGACAUCGUGGAGGAGUGGAAGAAGGGGACAUUGAACACUUUGCGCAUGGUUGGUCCUGGUGACUACCUGGCAGUUAAACUCACAGGUGCCGGUCCCAUUUGUAUUAACGCUAUGGCAGAGAGAAGGCCUAUGCCUGCGGUUGUGACGCGGGCGAUGGAUGAGAUCUGCCUUGCUACACGAGAGCAAGGGUCCCGCCUGUGGCUGGAUGCUGAACAACAGGUACUCCAGCAUGGACUCGAUGACUGGGCUAUUGAGAUCAUGAAGAAGCAUAAUAAAUCCGGCCCACCACUAGUAUACAACACGAUCCAAUCUUACCUCAAAGGAUCAAAGUCAAACCUCGAUCGGCAUCUUACUCUCGCAUCCGAGGGGGGCUUCAGCGUGGGAGUUAAGCUGGUCCGAGGAGCAUACAUUGAACAUGAAAUGCGCUCCCUCAUCCACGACACCAAGGAAGCGACGGAUCAGUCGUAUGAUCUUCUCGCCAACGCAAUGAUAUGCUGUCGAAUGCCCGAGGGCUCUAAGCUGGACUUUCCGAAUGCGGCUCUCUUCCUUGCCACACACAACGCUGCAAGUGCUGCCAAAGCAAUUAUUGGACACCAAAAGCGACUCCUUGCAAACAAACCCGUCAUCCCACUAGAGUGUGGACAGAUCCAGGGGAUGGCAGAUGAGCUGAGUUGCGAGUUGGUACAGAACUAUGAACGAGCCCUGGAGCAGUCCACAGAAGCAAAUGUGCCAGUUCCGAAGGCCUUUAAAUGCAUGGUCUGGGGCUCAGUUGCAGAGUGCAUGCAGUACCUUCAUCGACGCUCUAUCGAGAACAAGGGCGCAGUUGAGAGAACGCAGCACAUGGUCACUGCGUUGAAAGAAGAGCUUCGGCGCAGAAUCUUUGGUUGA